AUGUCUGAUUCAUCAUCAUCCUCUAGUGACGAUUACAUAUCAAACGAUUACGAAGUACUCAAUAAUGUUGUUACGCAAAUGAAUGUUAUUUUCAAUCCCCAAGCCAUAGGUGCGUGUCUUAACGUUAUCUUUGACGAAGAAGAAAACCAACACCAAGAAGCGUCAAGUUCUUCAAGACUCAAGUUUACUAGAAGGGUGAUCUCGCGAGAUCACGUGGGUGUCGCAAAACUUUUAUACAAACAUUACUUUGCGCCUAACUGCACUUACCCACCUGAUAUGUUUCGUAGAAGGUUCCGAAUGCGAAAGGAAAUGUUUCUGCGCAUAAUGGCUCAAGAUACAGGCUACCAGUGUUUAGAUGCUUUCUGCAAAUGUGUGAUACACCUUUAUCAACACGAGUACUUGAGAAGUCCAAUAGAAGCCGAUAUCGAGCAGUUAACUGCCAAACAUGAGCAUGUUCAUGCUUUUCCAGGAAUGCUUGGUAGCAUAGAUUGUAUGCAUUCGGGUUGGAGGAACUGUCCAGUGGCAUGGCAAGGGCAGUACACUCGGGGCGACAAGGGACAUCCAACAAUCAUGCUUGAAGCGGUUGCUUCAUAUGAUUUAUGGAUCUGGCAUGCCUACUUUGGCCUUGCUGUUUCGAACGACAUCAACGUCCUCAACGAGUCAGAUUUGUUCGACGAUUUGCUACAAGACAGGGCUCCUAAAGUAGAGUUUUCGGUUAAUGGGGAGCAGUUUACAAAAGGAUAUUACCAAGCAGAUGGUAUUUAUCCAGAAUGA